CGCUAUUGUUUCUGUUAUGUGCGUAUCCUCCUAAAUGUGGUAGAAAGAUGUCUAAUUCUGAAAGAAGGAGUUCAUUGACAAAAGUUUGUAAAAGUAAAAUGAAACUAGGAAAUCUCAAAUUGCAGGACAGUAUUCAGGUCUUCCAUGCUGGAGAUUUUGUAUGGGCUAAAUUAGGUUCAUUCAGUUGGUGGCCUGCAAUUGUUAUCAGUGCUAAUGACUGUGGUCGAUCAUAUUCUAGAUCCGGACAUACAUGGGUUUAUUGGUUUGGUGAUCAUUUGAUUUCAGAAGUUCCAGUGAAGAAACUGUGUGAAUUCAUUUCUCAUUUUAGAAAACUGAGUGCUGGAAGUUCUAGCAAAAAAUUUCAUGCUGCAUUAUAUGAAUCUCUAGAGAUUUUAGCAAGUAGAGCUCAGUAUCAGUAUGAAAAUAAUGAAGAUCUAAUAUAUUGGGCUCAAAAUGGCUUUAAAUCAGUGCAUUGGCCUCUGAAUAAUAUUUCCACACUUCCAGAAUCUGUUGCAAAGCAUCUGGCCUCACUCAAAGCUCAAAAACAGAAUGUAAAAGACUCUGUACAUGACCAAGAAGUUAAGGAAAGUGCAUAUUUGAAGAAAGUCAAGAAAGGUGAUCUAAAAAUUGAAGAAAUUUGUAUUGCCUGCUAUGACUUAAAAGAAGAUUUAACUUCUCACCCAUUGUUUAAAGGAGGUCUUUGUGCUUCAUGCAAAGAAGAUUUUAUGGAAACAAUAUUCGCCUUUGGAGAUGAUGGGAAAAAUGUCUGUUGUAUAAUAUGUGCCGAACCAGGGUCUUUGAUUUUGUGUGACAACAGCAGUUGUAACCGAUCUUAUUGUCGCGACUGCAUUCAUCUGCUACUUAGCCCAGAAGCAGCUGUCAAGAUUUUGGAAACUUCACCAUGGUUUUGUUUCUUUUGCUGUCCUGAGCAUAAAGAAAAUGGCUUACUAGAGAUACACUCAGACUGGGAACAGAGGAUAGUUUCUUUAUUUUUACCAAAUAAGCUUUGUGUUGAUGUACCUAUGGAGGAAUAUGUAAAUAAAAGACCUCUAACAGUUCUCUCUCUGUUUGAUGGCAUAAGCACUGGAAAACUAGCUCUGGAUUCUCUUGGUAUAGGGAUAAGUAAAUACUAUGCAAGUGAAAUUGAUGAGGAAGCAAUUACAAUCUCUAAGCUUAAUCAUAAAGAUAAUAUCAUUCAUCUUGGGAAUGUUAAAAAUCUCUGUGAAGAAAAGCUCAAAUGUAUUUGUCCCAUUGACAUAGUGAUUGGAGGGUCACCUUGUAAUGAUUUAUCUCUUGCAAAUCCUGCUAGAAAAGGUUUAUAUGAUUUCACUGGUACUGGAAAUCUUUUUUUUGAUUUCUUCCACAUUUUGAGAACUGUGCAGAGGUUGAACGGAAGAAGACAUCUUUUCUUUUUAUUUGAAAAUGUAGCCUCAAUGCGUAAAAGGGAUAGAGCAAUUAUAUCAAAAUUUUUAAUGUGUGAACCAUAUUUGAUUGAUGCAAAAUAUUUUUCUGCUCAAUGUCGGCCACGAUAUUUUUGGGGAAAUAUUCCUGGAAUGCAAUCGUUUACAUAUUUCUCUUAUCAAAAAGAAGAAAUUGUACUUAACCCUUUUCUUUUGAAGCCAUUGGGCAGAACAGCUACGGUUGAUAAAAUAAGAACAGUAACUACUCAGAAAAAUUCUUUAAUCCAAGACCAAGGCAGUCUUAUGCCUGUGGAAAUGAAUGGAUUACCAGAUGUACUGUGGGUUACUGAGCUUGAAAUAAUAUUUGGUUUCCCUGCACAUUACACAGAUACAGGAAAUCUCAGUAAUAUCAAGAGAAGAGAACUUAUAGGUCGAUCAUGGAGUGUUCCAGUCAUUAGAAGUAUAUUUCAACCACUUACAAACUUUUUUAAAUGUAAAAAAGAUAACAUAAAUUGAUUCAUAAAUUAUCUUUAUACAUUUUGUCUCUCAUACAGGUAUCUGUUUUCUGUAGCAGAUCUUGAAUAGAGCAGAUAAGAUUAGUUUAAAACCUUGCUGCUUCAUUAUUUGCAAGAACCAUGCUUAUUGUUGUGUACAUAUUUAACAUUAUCUUAAAUUUUGAUUGCAUUUAAAUAAUUUAGGGCAUUAUGUGAUGUUUAAAAAUUUUUAUAUUCUGUUUACACUAGUUACAUACUUUUUACAUCUGUUACUUUAAAACAUUGUCAUUGAAAUGUUUUUGCUUCCAAGCAUAGUACAGUGUUUAUAAAAUAAACAUAUUUUUUUUAUUUGACAGGUUAUGGUGUGGUAUUUGUGUAAUAGGCUGACUUACAUGUAUCUCUUUUGGUUUAGAUCUUUUAAUUGAUCUGUCUUAAAUUCUUUUAAUGAUGUAAGAUUGGAUGACAUGUAAUGGCAAAAUCAUUGAGAAAAAUUGUACCUCAUGUUGCUAAUACAAAAUAUUCCGCAUUUGCCUUUCAUAAGAGAUUGCAAGUGUUAAAUCUUGUGUGAUAUAUUCUAGUUCCUGUGUCAUUAAGAUGCCAUUUCAAGAGUAUGUGCAUUAAAUGUUAUAUGUAUAUAAUUCCCAUAUUUGUUAUACAUUGAAUAUAGUAUGGAGGAUUUGUGGUUUUUGUAAUUUAUCCUUAUUUGUGUGUAUAAAAUCUAUGCAUUUUAUGUUUUUACUUAAAUGUAAAACUAGUCAAAUUUUAUUUUAUAUUCAUAUUAUUUAUUUUGAUAAAAUAUUUAAAUGGAGAGUUAUGCUUUGCUUUAAUGCUUGGAAUAUCUUUAUUCUUAGCAUUUAGUACAGAAUAUGGUACUUUACAGUUUUUUAAUAUGUUAUCAUAUGUAUGAGACACUAACAUUCUUCAUUUCUGUAUAAUUUGUGAAAAAGUUCUUUUCCUAAGUUACAAAUUUUUUUGUAUCGUUAAGAAAUAUUUUGUGUUUUUUUCUUUUCAUCUAUGACUAAUUUGCACUUGCUAGCAGCAGCUGUUUAUUAAGUGCAUUCUACAUGUGUGAAAUGAAAAAUAGAAUAUAUAAUCCAUAUAAUCUCUAAAGCAGUUAAAAUAAUUCUAGUUAAUUUAGAGUUUAGAGACUAUGAAAUAAUAUAAAAGUAGGAGUUUUACCUUAAAGCAAGUGUAUUAGAAAUAACUUACAGAUGGGUGUGUUGAGUUCAAACUAUCAUCACUGCUUUAUAGGAGUGCUCAAAAUUAUUGCAAAGUAAAAUAAUUAUUUUUCUUGCUUGUAGACAAGUUUCUGUAAUAUAUUUGAUAAAAUUUCAGUGCAAUCAUCAUAUGAAUAUUUUAUCAUUAAUUAGACCUUUGAGAUCAGUAAUCUUCAUUCUCACUUUCAUUAUUAAGCAUUUCAUUAAACAUUAUAAAGGCUUGAUCACCCUUUAUAAUGUAGAUGUAGUUUUAUAAUUACCCCUUUAUAAUGUUAACCCCUGCAACUUCUUGCAAUGCCUUCAGCUGCAGGGUAAUUACGUUUUUCAUCAUAUAAAUUAUUGGUUAUAUAAAUGCAGUGAGAAAUGUGCAUGAAGGUUGUAUGACUUUGAAAGUGAGGAAUUUUUAAUUUUUUCACAGGCACAGAAUGCUAUUUUUGCCUAGAAUGUAAAGUGCCUUUAUGGGUACUGUCAUGUUUCAAGAUUUACUACACGGUUUCUAACUUGAACUAAAAUUUUUGUGCAGUUUUCAUAUUUUAUUUCUUUUGAGUCAUUUCUUUCAUAUUUUCUCUAUAUAGAUAAAUAUUUAAUUUAUGAUUAUUAAAAUUUAAAAUUAUUUCGAA